AUGACAGGUUUGAUGAAGAAAUAUGGCAUAAUUCACAAGGUGGCUAUGGCUUAUCAUCACCAAACAAAUGGCCAGGCCAAAGUGUCUAAUAGAAAAAUUAAGCGCAUAAUCGAGAAGAUGGUUAAACCUCAUAGGAGGGAUUGGAGCUCCAGGCUUGGAGAUGCGCUAUGGGCUUAUCGGACGGCUUACAAGACACCAAUUGGCAUGAGUCUGUUUCGGCUAGUCUACGAGAAAGCUUGUCACCUUCCGGUAGAGGUGGAACACAAGGCUUAUUGGGCUGUGAAGGAAUGUAACUCAGGAUUGGGAGGAGCUGGAGUUGAAAGGAAAUUGCAACUAGAAGAAUUGGAGUGCAUUCGGUUAGAAACUUAUGAAAACUCAAGGCUCUACAAAGAAAAGGUGAAGGUGUUACAUGAUCGGAACAUCAAGAGAAGAGAGUUUAGAGUUGGAGAUCACGUCCUUCUCUAUAACUCUAGAUUGAGACUGAUGCUGGACAAAUUGAGGUCAAGAUGGGAUGGACCACAUGUGGUGGAGAAGGUUGAACUUUACGGUGUAGUCCAUUUGAGCCAUCCGUCAAACCUUACAUUCUUCAAGGUCAAUGGCCAUCGUUUAAAACUUUAUCAUGGUGAAAAAGUGAAGAAAAAUAAGGAGUUGGAGAUCUUUCUCUUGAAAGACCCGGCCAAGGAAGAGGAUUGA